AUGGAAGAAAGUACAUUACCUCAGUCGGAAAUGCACUUGAUAACGAUCGGCAAUGUCCUUUAUAAAAUUAAACUAUUCGCCAAGCGAGAUAAGAACUCUACCGUUGAGGAGGAAAAGAAAUUUUGGGCUAGAAGAGAUGUUCGCCAUGACAUGAAACGAAUGAUAACUUUUAUCUUACAGCAUGAAUCACGCUUAUUCCCUAUACGCAGCGAUACAUUUAUCGCCUAUCCUUAUAAGAAAUUAUGGCAUAAAGGCCAAGAUUUAUCAUACUUUCGCGAUAAUAAUCGAUUGAAUGUGAGCAAAUUCGAAUUUGUCUUAUUUCUACAGAAUAUUUCAAAUGACCCAGUCCACCAGGAGCAGCUGCAAUCUAUUGCUAAAAAUAAAAAUUUACGCAGUAAUAACACCAGAUCAAAAAGAAAGCAUCUAAGCCUUGAAAGUAACUAUGUUGGGCAUAACAGUUCAAGUGGUAGCACAGCAAAAAAAUCAAAGAAAGCCGAUUGUGACCGUGGUAAGAAAGAUCAACUCCCAGGUGCACUAGAAGCCGAUAAUGUACAGGUGGAGAAUGCUACAAUAAGCAAUGAAAAAAUAUGUGAUACAGCCAUUCGGCAAUCCGCAGAUGAUAGCUGCAGCAGCAGCAGCACGGUUGGCGAUGAGGAUAACAAUACUGGUAGUAACAGAAACAUCGUUACUACAGCUUUGGCUUGUGAUGAGGCUACAGAAGAGAAUAAAGUAUCAAACGACGAUAAUAGUAGUUUAAUAGAUGCUGACAUUGGCCGAAUAGAACAGUUGGCCAAUCGAAACUAUAAAUUACAUAAAGAUCGCGGUAAUACUAACGAGAGCACCGGUUCAUUCUUGAUGGCGUUUUUUAAUCGAUUUACUUAUUCGUAA